AUGGAGGGUGUGCACAGGCAGCUCCUCGAGACCACCACACAGUGGAAUGGUGACCAGGUUGCUCCCCUCUUCGGCUACCUGGGCGCUGCCUCAGCCCUGGCCUUCUCCUGCUUUGGUGCGGCCUACGGAACCGCCAAGGCCGGGGUGGGCAUCGCCUCCAUGGGAGUGCUCCGGCCUGACCUGGUCAUCAAGUCUAUUAUCCCCGUGGUCAUGGCGGGUGUGCUGGGCAUCUACGGCCUGAUCAUUGCCGUGAUCAUCAGUACUGGAAUCAACCAGACCGCUGACAAGGCAUACUACUACUUUGAUGGCUACGCGCACUUUGCGGGUGGUCUGGCUUGCGGUCUGGCUGGCCUAGGGGCUGGGAUGGCCAUUGGCAUCGUGGGCGACGCUGGUGUGAGGGCGAACGCGCAGCAGCCCAAGCUCUUCGUGGGGAUGAUCCUGAUCCUGAUUUUCGCCGAGGCUCUUGCCCUGUAUGGUCUGAUUGUCGGUAUCAUUCUGGCCUCCAAGGCGGGCACUGCCACCCCCAUCUGA